AUGCGCUGGCUUUUCAUAUACCAAGUCUUGGGCUUCUUCGCCAUUGGGGCCCUCGCCGUCCUGAAAGCAAAGGACAAGGACAAGAUUGACUUUUCCCACUGGCAAGACUUUGAAAAGGACGACCCGGACAUUAAGAAUCUGGAAAACGACGAAUCGCUCGAGUCCCGGAACCUCUACAGCUGCGGUUACUGCGGCGCGUCUUACUACACAAUUUAUGGCAUCGGCAACAGCAUCAUGUUCGGCCCAUCUCCCUACCUUCGCCCGGGCGACGUAUAUUCUCAUAGUUUGCACGCGCAUGGGAACAGGAGAGGUGCCAGGCCGCCAUAUGUGCUUGACGAGUCCAAGAUUCAGUUUCGGCGGAAGCUGGAAUAG